CAUACUUCUACCGGACGUGCCUUUGGCGAGGGCCUUUAGAUGCCGCUUGCGGCUUUAAUUCAGUUUGACUCUCAUACUGUUUGGAAUGCUGUCUCUUCAGCUGAUUGAACAGGACUGUAGUGUUGACAUAUGUUAUUCUAGAAGAACGUGAUGAGAAGACGUCACGUUCUUCACAUCAUGGAUCUGUAUGUGGAGGGCGUGGAGGACUCACGUCGGGUAUACUAUGCGCGUACUGUGAGCGGCAUGGACUCCGUGUGCACUGUCCCCAGACGGCUGAGGUUUCAUAGUCGAGCGUACCAAUUUCACUUUAAAAACCAGGCUGAUGUGCGUGGACGUCCAUGGAGUCGAGUAUGCCUGACUCUGUGGGGGUCAAGUCUUUAGUUAUGAUAGACUUGCCCUGCCAUUUUAAAGCUGCAGUAUGUAGGAUUGUGGCCAAAAGUGGUACUGCAAUCACUUUGUAAAUACUGACAAGCGUGGUACCCCCUCCCCCUCCCCCUCGACAACGGGUUGCCAGAUCCUGCUUCAGCGUCCACUAUAAGGAGCUACCAUGGCCAGCGGCGAGUCCUACACUCCUGAUGCAGACCUCAGUUAUGAGGUGCCCAUUGUCCUGAGUGAGGCUGAUGAGAGCUGGGUAGGAGAGAGGAGGCACAGACCAAGGAAAAGAAAAGCAAAAGGGAGAAGGACAAGAGGAAGAGAGCGUGCAAGCAUUGAUGCAGGACACACAGAGCAGCGAGAAGGAGGAGAGAGACCAGGGGGAGGAGAUGGACCAGGUGGCAGCGUCCAAAGAGUAGGAAGACAAAGUGCAGGUCCUGUUUCAGGUGGUAGAGGCCAGAGAGGCGCAAGAGGAGGAAAUAAUGCAGGUCCCAGCACUGGAGGUGGAGGAAGACGGAGGAGAAGGAGAGGAGGCAGAGAUGCAGUAGAGGAGGACAGAAUUCAGGUUCUCCAAAAUGAGAGGACGAUACAGACAGAGGCGCUCAUUCAGCAGAUGAGUGAGGUUGGAGCUAUGACAAUUAACAACCCAGCUCUUCGCCUGGGAACCUGGAUUAGUUUUCGAUGCCCUAAUUUCACUCCAAGGCACACCCACUCUCCCACCUGCUGCUGCUCUUCCAUGGUGCACCUGUGGAAAUUGCAGGGAAAUGGCUACAGACACUGAAAGAAAGUGCUGUGGCCAGGGGCCUGACCACUGCAUCAGCAAACUGCCGCACUUUGAACUGUACUGUUUGGAAGAUGGUUAUUUGCGUCUCCACAGACAGUACAGAAAUGAUGUGUUGGUUGUAGGUGAACCUAGAGAGCCAGGGGAUGAUAAUAGACAAUUCAGGUAUGCUGCCUAUCGGCAAUAUAUCUUUUGGCAGAAUGGGGCACUGGGUCAGGGUAA